AUGUUGAUCAACCCCCUUUACGAUCUUGUUGAACCCUUCCCCAGUGGAUUAGAAAGCACGGUUGAGGAAGACUUGAAACCUCCAAGGCCUACUGAAGAUGAAGAACUGGGAGAAGUAUUCCAAGCAACAAGUGCCCCUAUCUAUGAUGAUUCCGAAUCAACAUAUGAUCCGUCCGAGUUUGGAGAGUCCUUCUCCAAAAUAUCUAGAUUCGACGAUAAGGGCAUUGAGCUCCCUCCACUUCCAGGCUCUCCCGCCUCUGACGAGCAGGACCAAGAGGAGGAGCAUAGUGAGGAGCUGACACAGCAGGAGGCACCACCAGAGACGCAGACCACCACUGAGGUCCAGCAUGAUAUUCCACAGCCAGUACUUGAGCCACAGCCAGUACCACCUCCAGUUCCACAGCCCGAGCCUGAGCAUGAGCCACAGCCUGGAGACAAAACAGAAUUAUCCCCUGCAUUUUGUUCUAUAGAAUCAGGAACAACAUUUUCCAAUGUGGGUUCUGAUUUGUCUUCACUUUGA